UUUGAGUCGAGUUCGAACAUUUUAAUAUUUAAAUGAAUUGAGCUCGAAUUUAUUGGUGUUCGAUUAAACUCGACUCAUUUAUACUCGUGAGCUCCUUGUGCCAGGUAAACCUAUGGCAAAAUAAUUGGAAAAAAAUAGGGACAAAAAGGAAUAAUGGAAGAUGAGGUCGAAUACGUUAUCCUAAUCUCAAGAUGGGUCCGCUUUCAAUCAAACUCCCAAUAUUCGCCGUUUCCUCCUCAAAGCCUCUCACUCCGCCGCCGCCGUCGCAGUCGCCGCAUCUCAAUGUCAGAUUCAGCUUCGUUCCAUCAAUAUCUUCGAGAAUUUCGCAUCGAGCCGCCGCCGUCGUCGGCAGUUUGCGCGCCUCAGCAACUCCGGCGCGCGAUAGAGUGAUCGAUUUCGGGAAAUACAAAGGGAGGAUGCUGGGGAGCCUGCCGUCGGCGUAUCUGAAAUGGGUGUCGAUGAAUCUACGGGCGGGCGAUACGGAGGAGUGGGCCAGGCUGGCGGACCGGGUGCUGGCCGACCCGGUCUACCGCGACCGCCUCGAGUGGGAGGCGGCGGAGAACAUUCUCAGCGGCAACGCCGCCGCCGCAGCCGCCGCCUCCGGCGGAAGCGCGCUGCUCGAGAUCAGCGAGAGGUUUGGGUGGGACAACGAGGAUAAGAGCGGGUGGAGCAAGGUGGAUUUCGGGCUGCUAGGGACGUCCAAGGGCGCCAGGAUUCCCCGCGCGGCGGCGCGUGAGGGGAGUUUGAAGAAGGAGGGGGAGGAGCGGAGGAACGAGAGCGGUGGAGGGGGGAGGAGAGGAGAGAGGAGGGAGAGAGUGAGGCGGCUGAGGGAGAAGGCGACUAGUGCCGGGACAACGAGGGAAGACGUGGAGAGUUCUUCUCCGGCGAGUGGCGGAGGCGCGGCGGGGAGUCCGUUUCCGGGGCGGGAGUCUCUGUUGAGAAAGGCUCUUAAUCGACAAAGAUUCUAGUCAAGUUUUUCCUUUUCUUUUUUUUUUACUCCAAUUUUUAAUUAAUAGUUGAAAUAGUAAUUUUCUAUGCACCACAUUUAAAAUGGUACUAUUAUUAAUGGUAUUUAUUUUCAUGAUUUAUAAAAGGUGUGAUUGAAUAUUCUUAAAAA